UCAGAGUUGGACGCAACAGGAAGAGACGAGGCAGCCCAGUGUGAGCGCAGGGCAGCCGGACCCCGCGGAGGCCCAGAUCACAGCGCUGCGUCGGCUCCUCCGCACCGGAUCCACUGCUGGGCGCUGGACGUCAGCACCGAACCGAACCGAGCCCAGCCCAGCCCGCCGCCCGGGACCCGUUUCUGCAGGAGCCAGGGCAAUACGUGGCACUGAGCAUGUUCUGCUCGUAGAGGACCUGGCCCAGAAAGGAACCAGGCGAGUCGCAGCCGGCCAUGGCCCACACCGCCGGCAUCCAGUACGAGCCGGUGGCCGAGAUCGGCGGAGGCGCUUACGGGACCGUGUACAAGGCCCGCGACACGGAGAGCGGCAAGUUUGUGGCGCUGAAGAGCGUGCGCGUCCAGACGGACCAGAACGGCCUGCCGGUCUCCACGGUCCGAGAGGUGGCCCUGCUGAGGCGGCUGGAGCAGUUCGAUCACCCCAACGUGGUCCGACUCAUGGACGUGUGCGCCACCCAGAGGUCCGGCCAGGAGACCAAGGUCACGCUGGUGUUUGAGCACGUGGACCAGGACCUUAAGACCUACCUUGAACGAACCCCGUCUCCCGGCUUGUCCCUUGAGCGUAUUAAGGACCUGAUGAGGCAGCUGCUGUGUGGUCUUGCAUUCCUUCACUCUAACCGCGUGAUGCACAGAGACCUGAAACCGGAGAACAUCCUGGUCACCAGCCAGGGUCAGGUGAAGCUGGCUGACUUUGGACUGGCCCGGAUCUACAGCUGCCACAUGGCCCUCACCCCCGUGGUGGUGACGCUGUGGUACCGGCCCCCCGAGGUGCUGCUACAGUCCAGCUACGCCUCACCUGUUGAUAUCUGGAGCACCGGCUGCAUCUUCGCUGAGAUGUUCAGGCGCAAGCCUUUGUUCUGUGGAGAAUCCGAAGUGGACCAACUUGGGAAAAUAUUUGAGGUCAUUGGGCUGCCGCCCGAGGAGGAGUGGCCGACCGACGUCACGCUGUCCAGGAAAAACUUCCCCCUUCGCACGCCUCGUCCAAUCGCCGACUUCGUUCCGGAAAUAAACGAGCCGGGGGCCCAACUAUUGCUGAAAAUGCUGACCUUUGACCCCCUGAAACGAAUAUCCGCCCUGAACGCACUAGAACAUUCCUAUUUCCGCGACGAGGAGACAUUGACUCAGACAAAAACCUGACGCCCUGCACUGAAACGUGCAGCGGGAGGAGACCUGGCCUGAUCAGAAGGGAGAUUUCUGUGUCAUUCAGUGCGCUGCCUUUCAAGGUGUCCGGUUUUGAGUUGGGAUUUUUUUUGUUACGUCUGCAUCAUUCAAGAUUGAACCUGUGACACGGAAUAACGAACGAGGAGGAGGGAGCACGAGGACCACCGACACCAUUACCAUUAUGUAAAUGUUACAGAUAACAUGUCUUCGAGGGCAGUACCAGUGUUUUAGAUGGUCGAGCUGUUUGCCAGUCGUCUGUUAUUCUGACUUCUGUACAGUGUUUAGAACGAAGGGAGCUGAGGCGCUGUCUCUUACAGGCUGAGCCCUGUCUGACACGCACACAUUGGAGCGUUUAACUCCAAGACACUUUCAUGUAUUUGGGUUCACAUUUCACAUAGGAAACGAACAAUAGCAGUGUGACAGUGUGACAGACGCUUAAAAAACGUAGAAAAGCGCUGGUACUGCCCUUAGCAGUAAACGACUGUACGGUAUUUGACUUGAAGGUCUGAACUUCAUUUCCUUUAGAACUGUUCUCUGUCACUAAAACCAUCACUACGACUACCAGUAAACAAACCACCCUCCACAUUCAGAUUCCAUUUGUAUAUUAACAUACAGAUGACAUAAAUUAGUCUUGUAAUAUUGGUUAAGUAAGUGAAAUGCUAACAAAUAAAGAACAAGUAUUCUAACUACA